AUGGAGGUAAAUUUAAAUAAUCAGGGAAAAGUAAAACGCGUGCGUUCCAAUGCAACCAAAAGAUGGACUAUGAUCGAAGAGCGGCAGCUGAUUGAAUUUUUAAUGGAGAAUCGGGAUUUUGAGAAACCGACGGCGCAAGCAUUCUACACGCGCUUCUUGGAGGAAUUAGACUGGAAACGUGUACGAUCCAAGGUGAGGAACAUGCGUGUGAACUACAACACCGCUAAGCAAUGGGAGGGUUCCACUGGUGCGGGUAGUAUGGAUGGAGACACUAUUAAGAGUAAAGUUUUGAUGUUUAUUGAAUUCUCAGUCUGA